UCCGGUGUGUGGCCAGUGUGGAGCAGCUGCUGGCCACUGUGGCCUGAGGCAGGAGUUGCCAGCAGGACCUUGAGCUGCACUGCAGGAGAUCUCGGCUUCAGAACCCACAAGGACUGAGACUAGACAAGCCACCUGGGAAAUGUUGCCUAAGGCAAUGAGCUCAUACGUGGAAAAUAUUGGAACCCAGCUGUCCUGCUCUGCUGUUUUUCAGGAAACAGGUGAUUACUUUCAAAAUAUGUUACUAUUAAAAAAUGCCAUACAUUCCCAAGCUGGCAUUGGACUUGCUGCCAACACCUUCCUCUUCCUCGUCUGCAUAUUCACAUCUUUUCUGGAUCACAGGCCAAAGCCCACUGACCUGAUCACCUGUCACCUGGCCCUUGUCCACAUGGUGAUGCUCCUCACCAUGGUGUUCUUGGUGUCUCCAGGCCUCUUUGAGUCACAGAAUUUUUGGAAUGACUUUAAGUGCAGGAUGUUUUUCUACGUGAACAAUGUGAUGAGAGGCCUCUCCAUCUGCACCACCUGUCUCCUGAGCAUGCUCCAGGCCAUCACCAUCAGCCCCAGUUCCUCCAGGGUGGCAAAGUGUAAACAUAAAUUUACAAGUUACUUUACCCAUGUUUUUGUCUUCUUGUGGUCUCUCAGUUUGUCUUCCAGAAGUUACCUAAUCUUCUAUAUUGUGGCUUCUUCCAACAUGACCCAGACCAAUCUGCUGGUUCUCAGUAAAUACUGCUCACUUUCCCCCAUGAACUUCAUCAUCAGAUACCUAGUUUUCACUCUGACAACAUCUAGUGAUAUUUUCUUUGUAGGAAUCAUGCUUCUGUCAAGUGCACAUAUGGUGAUUCUCUUGUUCAGGCAUCAGAGGAGAUCCCAGCACCUUCACAGCACCAGGCUCUCCCCAAGAGCCUCCCCAGAGAAAAGAGCCGCCCAGACCAUCCUGCUGCUGGUGGGUUUCUUUGUGCUCAUGUACUGGAUGCACUUUAUUAUCUCAUCCUUCUCAGUCCUGUUAUCAGCACAUGGCCCAGUUGUCCAGGAUGUCCAGACACUUGUGUUCAAUAUCUAUGCCUCCGCCAGUCCUUUGGUGCUGCUCAGUUCUGAUAAGAGGAUAAUCAACACUGUGAAAAACAUGCAACAGAAGUUGCACCGGUUUUUGAAAACUUAG